AUGAACGUAAACACGCCUUUACUACCAUCCAGCAGAGACGCCAAAGCACGCUCUUUCUUGAAGGCAGCAACGGAAGAUAUUAAAGUUGUGGCCUACUCCUCUCCAGUAAAUAUACUUCUGGUCUUCGUUCCCAUCGGUUUAAUAUUCGGUUAUGGUGGAUUGUCACCCACAUGGAACUUUUUGUUCAAUUUCCUGGCCAUUAUCCCAUUGGCUGCCAUUUUGGCCUUUGCCACAGAGCAACUUGCCGACAAAGCAGGAAGCACUUUAGGAGGCCUCUUAAAUGCCACCCUCGGCAAUGCUGUCGAGUUGAUCGUGUCCAUUAUCGCGCUUAGAGAAGGACAAGUUAGAAUUGUACAGGCCUCGAUGCUUGGAAGUCUUUUGUCCAAUUUGUUACUUGUACUGGGUUUUUGCUUUGUUGCUGGUGGUUACAACAGGGUUCAACAAACUUUUAACCAGACGGCUGCUCAAACCAUGUCCUCUUUACUUGCUAUCUCAUGUGCUUCGCUACUGAUUCCUGCUGCCUUCAGAGCGUCGUUACCCGAUGAUAACGAAAAGCAGGAUCUUUUGAUUAACCAAAAGAUUUUAAACUUGUCCAGAAGUACUUCUAUUAUACUUCUACUUGUUUAUGUGUUCUUUAUGGUUUUUCAACUACGUACUCAUCACAAGCUCUUUGAGCAACAGGCAGAAGAGACUGAGCACGCCGUGGAACAUCAUUCCUCGCGCAAACACUUAUCCGUCAAGUCCUCAUUGACUUUCCUCUUUAUCACUACAGUUAUAGUGUCCAUAUGUGCUGAUUUCCUAGUCGGCAGCAUUGAUAACAUCGUCGAGAGUUCUGGAUUGUCAAAGACGUUUAUUGGUUUGAUUGUUAUUCCAAUUGUGGGGAACGCUGCAGAGCAUGUGACGUCUGUUAUCGUUGCUAUGAAGAAUAAGAUGGACCUUGCGCUCAGCGUCGCCAUUGGAUCCUCUCUACAGAUUUCCCUAUUUGUUACCCCAUUUAUGGUUUUGGUCGGAUGGGGUCUAGGAGUACCCAUGACUUUGAACUUUUCUCAAUUCGAAACAGCCACUAUGUUCAUCGCUGUCUUCUUGUCAAACUAUCUCAUCCUAGAUGGUGAAUCGAAUUGGCUCGAAGGUGUCAUGUCCAUCUCCAUGUACUUGCUAAUUGCUAUGGCUUUCUUUUACUAUCCGGACGAAAAAGCCAUAAGCUCUAUAACUACUCUUCAAGGCUAA